UUGACCACAACUAAAAGUAGACUCAAGACACUCAAUACAUAUGGAAGAUUUUCUAGUUGAUAUUUUUAGCAUGUGUUUGUAACUAAAAGUAUAUAUUAUUCAUUGGGACCUUAUUAGUUAUCCAAUAAUAAAAAUAGAUAUGUAUUAAUAAAGCAUUUAUAGGGUUUAAAGUGGACCAUCAUUUCCACUAAGAUAAGCCUAAGCAUUAAUACAAACAUGAUAAUACAAAAUUAUUAAACGCAUGUUGGAUAGAAAAUGAAUUUGGCACAUUCUUUGUAAUCUUGACUUUUUCUAAAUUGUUUGUCAACAAUGCAAAUCGAUUAUUGCAUAGCAAAAAUAAAGUCAUUAAUAUAAAAUACUUAAAAUUACCUAGUUCCAUGUAAUUAACUUGCCAUAAACGCAAAGAUGGAAAUGUUUUAAUGAAUUUAGAGUCUCCUACUCUUCAUAUCCAAAUCUCGGGCUAUCUUUUUAGAAGCUUCACAUUCCAACUCAUAUCUACUAAAUAGUAAUGUUGGUGACAUACAUAGAAGAUUAUUUUAAAUUUUAAAUUUAAUAUUUGAGUAUCUUAUUAAGUAAAUGAAAUUACCUUUCGUCCAUCAACUUAAAAUUGAUUUUACACACAUGUUCUCCUAAUAUCUCAUCAUAAGAAUCAUUCACAGAAUGUCUUAAAUAUCUAAAGGAAGUAACCCAUCCAACCAAUUCUACAAAACUCGAGCAAUAGUAAGAUAUUAAAUUUGGUAACGAAUGCAUUACAUAUUUAUUCUUUAUAAACUAAAUGAUUAUACAUACUGAUUUGAUAAGUGUUGUCAACAUUUUUUUGGAGAACUCGUUUGAACUGAAUCCAAUCAAAAAUUGGAUCUUCAGUAAGUGUAAAAACAUAAAAUACUUGACUGCGUUUGACUAAAUUGAUGUGGAAUUGGUGGGGGUUAUUUAUUCUCCAUGCUUCGCAAGGUUUAAAUUCAAUCGUUGGAUAUUUUCUAUUCAUCUUCAUAAAAAAGUUGAAGUAGUGCUUGUCCAGUAAAUGACGAGGAAGUAUUAUUUCAAUUCUACAACCCUAGUUUUAAAGGGAAAGUAAAAAAAAAAUCGUAUCCAAUAAACCAAAGAUAAAAAAUUGAAUAAAUAUUACAUAGAACUUACAUUUGGGUCUGCAAUAAUAAGAUGCUUUUCUUUCAGAUUUAGCGGACUUGUUUGCCAUACUCUUAAUAUUUUUUCUCAAACUUUGACAUUAGUUGAUUCUUCAGUAAGUUCAGAAAUUAGGGUGUCAAUGUUUGCCAUGAAUUUAGGUUAGAGUUUCGGUUUUCCUCUGACUUUUCUUGGAUGAGUGCGAAAGUAUUGGAAAAUUAUAAGAUUGUUCUUUUGAAAUGUUUUAAUUUUUCAUCGAUAUAAAGAGACAUCAAAGGAUAUUACAAGUGAGUGUCAAUCUUCAGAUCAUUAGGUUAACAUACUUAAAUGGUGAUAAACAAGAAAUUUGAUAUAAUUUGAUAAUUUGUUAGUGUGUUGUCGUUCAAUAAAAAUAUAUUUAAUAAUUAUAGUGUUUAAUAUUUAAAAUAAUUACAUAAUAUAUGCAAUAUUAAAAAUAUGAUUUUUACAUAUAAUGAAAACCAAAUCUUACUUAACAUAUCAGAUUUUGUAAAAGAAUUAAUUUGCCUAGAAUAUAUUCAGUUUUUGUUGUAUUCUAAACGAUAAUAUAUGAUGUUUGGUUCAAACAAAGUAUAUCUUUUAUAUUAGUCUAAAAUUUUAUUAAAUCUUCUAAUAUAUAUGAAAAUACAUUAAUUCAUCUACCAUCACUAUAGAAAUAAUAUUAUAUUUUUACAAUAUACAGUAUCCAAAGAUUUGCACUACUUGAUAAUAUAUUAUUUACAUAAUCAAAUAUAGGUCAAAUUACUUUGUUAACCUAUUAAUGCAAUGUACAUGACCUAAUGCUCGUAUGAAAAUGACGCUCCUAGUCAAAUAUAGUAUUAUUAUAUAGUAACAAAUAUUGUUUUAUGAAUAUCCAAGCUUUAUAAUUUUUUUGAACUAUGUUAAAAUAUUUUUAAAAUUUUAUCUUUAUAAAUUUACACAGUUAUCAGUAAAUCAUAUUUGAGACUCAAAUCCAAUUUUAUGGUAUAAUAUUAUUAAUAAUUUUUUAGUCAAAUUGAUGGUAAACGUUUUUACAAUUUCUUCCUAACUGCUUAAUACCUGAAUAUAAAAUAUAAAAUAUAAAAUAUAAAAUAAUAAAACAGCUUAAUUUUCUUCUAAAAAAAACACUUAUAUUUUAGAUAAAAGAAACUAAAAAUAUUAAAUAUUAAAUUAUGUAAUAAUUUCUUCUAAACCAAUAUGAAAGAAACGGUUAAAAUUAAUUCAUCGCCGAAAAAAAUAGUGAAAUAUGUUGACAGAAAAAGAGUAAUUUUUUUUUCAGAAUCUUGUUUAGGAAAUAAAAUUAUAUUUCAUUAGUAAGAAAAUUUGAUAUAAACAAUAUAACAAGACCAAUGAAGAAAUGGUGUUGACUAUGACCAACAUAAUUAAUAAUGAAGAAAUGAUAUUGACAAAUGCCAAACUAAUUAAGAAUAAUUUAUUGCAUCUGUAUAUUUUCUUGACUGGAAUUUCUUGUUUAUUUUUUUUGGUAAUCAAUUUAUUGUUUUCAUUUAACCAAAAAGAGCUUCAUAUUCCUCUAUUCUACUUCAAACUUUUCUUCGGUCAGAUUUGUUGCGAUACAGAUAAUUCAUCCUUUGGUGUGAAUGACCAUGGCUGUCCCGGAAAAUGCUGAUGUGAAAGUGGACUCUUCUGAACAAAAUCUAGACAACAACACUGCUUCAUUAGCAACUACGAUGAUGCCGCCAUCUACUGAUGAUCAGAACCCUGAAUCCAACUCUUCUGUUGAGAUACCAAACUCAACAAAAGGCAGUGAAGGAGAUCUCAAGAGAGAGAUAACUCAGAUGGAUGUUAAGUUUUCUAAACUAAAUCCGAUGGCUAGGGAGUAUGUUCCACAGCCACUUGCUCCAACCCUCCCUGUGUUUGUGGAGAAUAGCUUAUGGUUUACCAACAGUUUCGCAAUGCAACCUGUGUUUGUGGAGAAUAGCUUAUGGUUUACCAACAGUUUCGCAAUGCAAGCUGUUUCUGCUGAGGACAAUGACCUUUUCGAUACAAGGAGAAUGAACUUUGGCCAAUGGAAGCAAAGGAUGAGCAAGAAAACAAGCCUGGCUCAGAAGGAAGAAGUAAUCAGGAGAACUGUCCAUGUCUUAGACAUUGAUCAGCAGGUUACUGAGGAGCAACUUGCUGGUCUCUUUCAAUCAUGUGGGCAGAUUGUUGAUUGUCGUAUAUGCGGUGACAAUAGAUCAAGUCGCCGUCUUGCCUUCAUUGAGUUCACUGAUGAAGAGGGAGCUAGGUCUGCUGUAAGCCUAUCAGGAACUCUGUUUGGUUCUUAUCCUAUAAAGGUUCGUCUUUCAAAAACAGCUAUUGCACCUGUGGACCCGAGUCUUCUUCCAAUGUCUCAGGAUGAGCGUGAGAAAUGUGCAAAGACUGUUUACUGUACUAAUAUCGACAAGAAGGUCACUCAGAUGGAACUGGAAGAUUUCUUUAAAACAGCAUGUGGGGAGAUUCAGCAUGUGAGGCUUAUUGGAUACUGUCAUCACCAAACCUGCAUUGCUUUUGUUGAAUUUAAGCGGGUGGAAAGUGCAGUUUCUGCUCUUAAUUGCAGCGGUAUUGUCUUGGGCGGUCUCCCUUUAUGGGUAAGCCAGUCAAAGACACCAGUGAGGCUAGACCAACCUAAUUUAAACCAAUGUUAACUGCAAACCGAUUCAAAGAGCUCAUCAAUUCAAAGGAGAGAAAGAGCUAUCAAAUGUCAUUUUAAAGAUACUCAGAAGCGUUUUAUGUUCUUAUAAUUAACGAUCCUUUUGUGACUUAACCUCUCAGACUUUCUCCUUCUUCUAUUUGCGUUAUGGACCAAAUUGUUCGGGUUUUUUUUUAUAUAUUCAUGGAUCAUUUUAAGACUCUUUUGAGGGAAAUCUUUUAUUUUGCUCUAUCUUUUGUCUGAAUCUCCAUGCAUAGUCAUCUGGUAAGCUUAGUCAGUGUUUUAUUUGUUUUAAAAUCUUGUCAAAUUGUUUCAUUAAUCUUUCUUGUUGUUUCUGUUAGAUUUUAGGAGAGUCUUUGCUUUGUAAAAGAAUAUUUAUUUUCUAUGUCAUUUAGGUUUGAUCUGUUUUUUUUUUAGUUUAUAAUCAUAUCAUUGUCUGAAAGAAUCUAGUUAGCUUGCCAAGAUAUAGGCGACCGUCAUGGUCAAACAAAACCAUCUACUAAAAAGGCCCUAUAUCUUGAUAUACUAUAUUCACUAAACCUACAAUUUGCUUUAUAAAUUAGGAAAUCCUAAAUACUUAAUUUAUUCAAUAGUUUAAGAAUCUAAAGUGUUGGUUGGUGUUGUGAUCAUUUCAGACACUCUUUUCCACAAUUAUCUUGAACUUUACUUGUUAGGUUCUUUUGAUGUGGUAAUUUACAGAUUGUAUUCUUUUUCAUCACAAUAAUAUUUAAAUUUAAAUGCUAUAUUUUGUGUAGGUAGCUUUCUGUAUAGACCACAACCUUAAUUAGACUCAGUACAUAUGGAAAUUUCUCUAGUUGAUAUUUUUAGCAUGUGUUUGUAACUAAAAGUAUAUAUUAUAUCCAUAUAUAUGACCAAAGUUCUGUGACUUGUUUGUUUCUGAUUGGGACGUUAUUAGUUAUCCAAUAAUAAAAAAUAAAUAUGUAUUAAUAAAGCAUUUAUAGUGUUUAAAGUGGACGAUCAUUUCCACUAAGAUAAGUCUGAACAUUGAUGCAAAUAUGAUAAUAUAACACUAUUAAAUCCAUGUUGAAUCGAAAAUGAAUUUGACACAUUGUUCUUCGUUUGUUAUUUUUAAUUUUCCUAAAUAGUUGUAAACAAUGCAAAUCGGUUAUUUCAUAUCCAAAAAUAAAUUCAUUAAUAUUAAAAUAUUUAAAUUACCUAAUUCCAUGUUAUUGACUCGCUAGAAAAGCUAAGUUAGAAAUAUUUUAAUGAAUUUAGACAGUUUCCAAUUCCUCAUAUCCAAAUCUCGGAAAAUCUCUCCAGAAGUUUUACAUUCCAAUUUACAUCCACUAAACAGUAAUAUUGGUGACAUACAUAGAAGACUAUUUAUAAUUUAAAAUUUAAUAUUUCAGUGUCCUAUUAAGUAAAUGAAAUAACCUUUCGUCCAUCAACUUUAAAUUAAUUUCACACAUAUUUUCCAAAUAUCUCAUCAUAAGGAUAAUUCACAAAAUGUCUUAAAUAUCCAAAGAUAGUAACUCAUCCAACCAAAUCUACAAAAUUCGAGCAAUAGUAGGAUAUUAAAUUUGGUAAGAAUUCAUUACAUAUUUAUUCUUUAUAAACUAAGUGAUAAUACAUACCGAUUGGAUAAGUGUUGAUGUGAAAUUGGUGGGGAGUAUUCUUUCUCGAUCCAUCGCAAGGUUUAGCUUCAAAUCGUCGGAAUAUUUUCCAUUUAUCUUCAUCAAAAAGCUGAAAUAGUGCUUGUCCAGUUAAUUAUGAGGAAGUUUUAAUUCAAUUCUACAACCUUAAUUUAAAGGGAAAGUAAUUAAAAUUUCUUGUACAAUAAACCAAAGAAAAAAAUUAAAUAAAUAUUACGUAGAACUUACAUUUGGGUCAGCAAAAAUAAGGUGCUUCUCUUUUAGAUUUAGCGGGCUUGUUGUUUGCCACACUCUUAAUACCUUUUCUCAAACUUCGACAUUAGUUGAUUUUUCAGUAAGUUCAGAAAUUAGGGUGUUAAUGUUUGUCAUGAAGUUAGACUUUCGAUUUUCCUCUGACUUUUCUUAAACGAGUGAGAAUUUUUUGGAGAAUUAUAAGAUUUGAAUUUUAAAUUAUUCUUUUGAAAUGUUUUAACUUUUCAUCGGAUAUUAAAGAGACAUCAAAGGAUAUAUAAGUGAGUGUCAAUAUUCAGAUCAUUAGGCUAACAUACUUAAAUGGUGAUAAUCAAUCAAUUUAAUAAUUUGUUAGGGUUGUCUUUCAAUAAAAUAUAUUUAUUUAUUAAUUAAAGUGUUGAAUAAAAAAAUGCAUAAUAUAUGUAAUGUUACAAAGAUGAUUUUUACAUAUAAAGAAAACCAAAUCUUACUUAACUAUAUCUGAUUUCUUUUAAAAAAAUAAUUUGCCUAUAAUAUAUUCAGUUUUUUUAAUAUUCUAAACGAUAAUAUAUAUGACGUUUGGUUCAAAAAGAUAUAUUUUAUAUUAGCCUAAAAAUAUUAAAUUUUCUAAUAUUUAUAUAUGAAAAUAUAUUAAUUCAUCUACUAUCACUAUAAAAAUAAUUUUAUAUAUUUACAAUAUUCAGUAUCCAAAGUUUUCCAUUACUUAAUAAUUAUAUUAUUUACAUAAUAAAAUAUAUGUCAAAUUACUUUAUUAACCUAUUAAUGUAAUGUUCAUGACUAAUUCUCGUAUGAAUAUGAUGCUCUUAGUCAAAUAUAGUAAUUGUGAUCUAUUAUAUAUUAUUAUAUAGUAAAAAAAUAUUUGAUUUAUGAAUAUCCAAGAUUUAUAAUUUUAUUUGAACUAUCUUAAAAUAUUUUAUAGAUUUAUCUCUAUAAAUUUACAUAGUUAUUAGUAAAUAAUAUUUGAGACUCAAGUUCGGUUUUUUGGUAUAAUAUUAUUAAUAAUUUUUUAGUAAAAUCGAUGGUAAAUUUUUUUAUAAGUUCUUCAUAAC